GCUAUGUGUGGAUUCCACAGAAAUGUGAUCACAUUGACUGAGUAUACAAUGCAGCAUCCUUGGAACCUUUAAAACAAACGAAUACCACCACCACCAGUUUCUAGUCCUUAAGGCUGUGAAAAUAGACGACAAAGAGUGGGUGGUACGUGGUCAAGUAGAAGCUGUAGGCUGGGUUAAGCAGCUUUCCAGUGGUUAAGGAAUACAUCUAGCCUGGCCUUUCCCCAGCACUAGCACAAACAGAACUAAUGAUAAGGGGAUGAAUAUAAGCCAAUUUACUUACUGUGCAUAAUUUGUUCAGAUUGCAGAAUUCAGCAUCCAAUGGACCAGAACUUACCUUGGUGCGGAAUAAUAUUUGUUUAUUAGCCUUUUAGCAAGGAGUGUACAUAGUUUGGGGUAUAACUUAGCCUCCAUCAAAGCCCCAAGAAGUAGCUGCAUCAUGCCAACACUCAGUGUGGGAGCACUAAAUAGAAAACUGCUCUUUAACACUAAACAGUGUUACUAGUGUGUUCUAGUGAACAGGAAGGAUAAAAAGCUUUACUAGAGAACUUGGAGUGCAAGUCAAGGGAGGUGUGCAGGAAAUGCUCUGUCGAAUGAGAGUUUUGCACAGGGGGAAACCAAGCAGUUAAGGAUUAUCCAGGCAAGGUUUAUUUAUUAACAGUAUUUGUAAACUGUCUGUCAACUUGUGUUUAUAAGGCACUGAACAAGAUAAUAAUGCAAAAACACUUAAGGGGGGGGGAAUGUUUCUUUUUUAACAUUUAGAAAACCUGCUGUAAAUGCCUCUUUGCCCAUGAGAUACAGUAGGAUAUAAAUCAGAUAGAUAAAUACAAACAUAAUACAUCCAGUUAAAAUGGAUGUCAGGCUAUAAAAGUAAUAGACUAAAAGCGAUAGUAAACUGUCUCUACUAACUUCUAGAUGCCUGCUAGACUAAGAGUGGCUUAACCUUUAAAAAAAAAAAAAAGGCCGAGAGACUAGCCAGGUUUCUCAAAGAAGCAGCUUAUAGUUCUGGGGCCACUACAGAAAGGACCCUGCUGAUGGUCAUAUGAUCUCAUGAGACCAUGGAAGCUGGAGCAUAGCCUUUUUAGCAAAUCUUAAGAAUCCUAGUGUUGUGCAAGGAUGAAGUGGAUUGUGGGAGGAGGUGUUGCGAUAUUUUGGGCCCAGACCAUGUAAGGUAAGGUAAAGUGUGCCGUCAAGUUGACUUCGGCUCCUAGCGCCCACAGAGCCCUGUGGUUGCCUUAGGUAGAAUACAGAAGGGGUUUACCAUUCUCUACUCCCGUGCAGUAUGAGACGAUGCCUUUCAGCAUCUUCCUAUAUCGCUACUGCCCGAUAGAGGUGUUUCCCAUGAUACCAGCAGGGAUUCGAACCGGCAGCCUUCUGCUUGUUAGUCAAGCAUUUCCGUGCUGCACCAUGUAAGAGUGAGAAAAUCAAAAUGAGAUUGUGCUGAACAUUGAAGGAAGAAAGAUGAUGUGGAGAUAUAGGGAAGAGAAAGUUAUUUCGGGACUAGUGAGUGGCAUCAAAAAGGGAGAAAAAGACAAAAGAAGCCAACAACUGGAGUUCUACACUAGCCACGCAGACCGUGCCUCAUUCCUGGCAUUUGUCUCUCAAGUGGACUCCUUCCUACUAACCCGUUACCACACCAUCCUAGAGCAGCUAAAGGCUCUCUAUGAACCUAUUAACCCCGACCGGGACACGCUGCAAGACUUCUCUCUGACGGAUACUGAACGGUUAGUGAAAGAACAAGAAGUCUUAUCCAGGAUGGAACCACUGCUGGACCAGGCCAAUUUCAACAGCUUGUCAGAAGAUGUGCUGGCAUAUGCCCUUGUAGUUAACCAUCCUCGCGAUGAAGUCCAGGUGUCUGUGAACCUGGAUCAGUACGAAUACAUCCGAUUCUGGGCUCUUGGCCAACGAAUAGGACCACUGCAGGUGAUGACUACCCUUCAAGCUCGGAGAGGGUUCUUUGGUACAUCUCGGAUUCCAGCAAACAGACGUUAUUUUAAACGGGUGAUUGUGGCUGCCCGGCCCAAGAACGCCCACCUGGUGCUGAAAUGCUUUAAGGACAUCCCUCUGGAAGGCCUUGAGCAGCUGCUGCCAGCUGUCAGAGUCCGCACAUCCAUCUUAUACCGGACCCUCAUCAACAGCAUGCUGGUAGUGAGCGGUUUGGCUGUUUUUGUCAACGUAGGAAUGGUGAUCAUGUCUGACCUCAAGAUCGGCACCAGUUCCCUGUUGAUUUUCUUUGCUGCCCUCAUGGCCUUCCGGGCUUGGAAGGCCUUUGGCCAGCGCCGGAAUAUCCACUCCCUUGAGCUGGUGCACAUGCUGUAUUACCGUAGCACAUCCAACAACUCGGAGCUGCUGGACGCCCUAGCUCUGCGGGCCCAAGAGGAGCAUACGAAGGAGGUUAUCUUGGCGCACACUUUCUUCCUCCAGCAGCAGAAGCAGCAACAACAACAACACCCCCUGAAGGAGGACACAGACUCCAAACCUCUCGAACAGCUGAAGCGAGAAGUGCAGGCUUGGCUGCACCUCCAGUCUGGGCUGGAUGUGACCUUCUGUGCUGAACGUGCCUGCAAGCACCUCAGGGAACUGGGAGUCGAGGCUGUGGGUCCUCCCACGACUAGGACCUAUCCUGUCACUGGGUAGGAGCCCCUAUGCUUGCUUGCUCUAGCAAGCACUUUCCAAAUGGUCAGGGCUCCUGAUGGGCCCUUAAUGCUAAGCAUGCCAAGUUCAGCAGGCCAAGGCUCAAUUUUCCCAGUGCAUUAUGGGUGUGAUGCUCAAAGGUGCAGGUAGUGAUGUUGCAUGGAUACCCAGAAACCAUGAAGGUUUCUGCCACGUUCUUAGUGGUUCUUCUUGAGAUGGGUAUCUUCUUCCAUAUUUCAUGUCAGGUAAAAUGCACAAUGGCAUGAAAUACCACUUGGUAUACUGCGGCAGACCUCUUUGCAAAGGGGCCAUAUUAGACCUCAAAGAUUGAUACAAACUAUUGUGUGUAUCAAUGAUGAAAGCUUGCAUUUAAAGUCUGUGUGGAUGUUCGCAUAGAAUUUUUAUUGUAUCUUGCCUCUUGUUUUUUGGAGCUGCCUCUCUCUCUCUCUCUCUCUCUCUCUCUCACACAUAUAUGAGGGAAAGUUUUUAAAAAACAACAACCCAAGGCUGUUUACAUUGCAACAAGAAUGGCACAAAGCAAUGAAUCUCCUGCAGUUAGGGCAAGAUUGUGUUUUAAACCUCCUUUGCUCUCCCUGUUGGGGGCUUUCUUCUCUCUCUCUUCUUAAAGUUAAUCACUUUUAUAGCACUCUGAAACCCGCAAUAUGCACUUAGGUGCAGCCCGAAGACCAUACUACACAGCAGGGCUCUUGUUUGAGAUUGUUUUAUAGAAAGGAAAACGUAUGCAAACUGUGUGGUCCUGGGCAAGUCAGUAAGUUCACGCAGUGCAUAAACUUGUAAAAGGAAGAUGCUCUGUGCAUGCCCAGGGGCAUCUUUCUGCAUCAUUGCUCUCUCUAUUCCAGGACUCUACCCCCCUACUGAAAACUGAUUCCAGGGUUUAGAACAAAUUUAGGGCUUGAUUUAAUGGCUGGAUUGAGAAUUGAGCCCAGGCACCCUAUGUUUCUCCCAGUACUGUGUCCACUGGACACUUAUGCCAAUAGAAACAUGCACAUGUAGCAGGAAGAGUUCUUGAGAGGAUGGUUGGUGAUGGGUUUGAAGCAGAAACAGCUUUUCUACCUCUUACUACUAUUGUUUGCAAUAAGGUCUUAUACCACCUUCCUGGAGGGGACCCGCAGAUCUGAUUCUCCCCUGCUGCCUCUAUGCAUAGAUACUGGGUUUUUUAAAACAAAUCAUCUGAGUGUGUAUGUAGGUUUAUUUAGGGAAACGAGCACUUUGUCCUGAUGAAUGUGCCUGUUAACUGCAUGAGCAGAUGUGGUAUCAUUCACGGGUGGCUGUGUAGGGUCUGUAGCCAGAUGAGCCCAUAAGGUCUCCUGUACCUGCUUGAAAGCUUAAUUGAAGGCACACACUCCCUGAGAGGGUCUAUCAGUUCAUCACAGAGCGAUGGUGGUGGGAGAAGCAGCACUAAUCAGAAUUUUCCAGUGUGGGUCUCUCAGAGAACUUUCCAGGAAAGUUUCAAACAUAGAACUGCGUGGUUUUGCUCACCUUUUCAUACUAUUACUGUGUGUACUCCUCUGUUGAAAGAUCCAAAUGAAACAGUUGGGUAAUACCUCUGAUUUGCUAGUGGGUCCUAAUAAAGGUAUUGCUGGAUUUGUUCCACUAGUCCAGGACUGCAUAACUUUGGCCCUCCAGCUGAUGUUGGACUACAACUCCCGUCGUCCCCAAACACAGUGGCCAGUAGGGUUGAUGGGAGUUGUAAUCCAGCAUCUACAAGAGUGCCAAAAUUUUGCAUCCCUGCACUAGUUCACUGCUGCUAACUACAACUUAUUGCCUGUCAUAAAAUGUCAUCUGCAUAGGACUGUUCACCUGCUGAGAGGUGUGUGCAGUGGUGGAAAGGGAUGAGCAGUGAAGCCUUACAAUGGCUUUGGUUUGGCUUUAAGCCCGAUGUAGCUAACAUGAAUAUGGAGUCUUAAAUAAUGGUUGUCCUGUUGAAGUCAUUAUGGGUCAGAAGAGGUGCAUGAAUUCCUACUGUGUCCUCUGUGCAAUAAAAUAUUUUCCCACAUCCAUAA